GAAGGAAUUGCAGUACUGACAAAGUAUCUGUUCACACAUAGAUAUUGCUUUUGGACGCACCGUCUUUGCCUUGAUCCCUGCGGCGGCGGAGGCACUAGGACCGCGCGGAGAGCCGCAGCAUCGUGCCUCGGUUAUUGGGCUUGCACGACCUCAGUUUUGCACUACACCAUUCAACGGAGGGCAAGUGUGGUGUCUGAUGCGAUGAAAUAAGGGCCGUUGAAAAGAAUCAGUAUCUGAAGAAAGACUAGGCUUGUGUGUUUUUGGCGGUCCUGUCUCGCACUUCACAGUGGAGAUGGGAGUAAACCUGGAGGCUGGGAUACCCAGUGAACUUCCAGGAGAAGAAUAUGUGAUUUGGAUUUAAACUCGCCUUGGACAUUAUUAACACAGCUUGAAGGUUGCAUAAGCCAUGAUGCCUAACCGGAGAUUGGGUCUGGCCCAUCCUUGCUGUAUUGGCCUGCUCUUCCUACUCCUCCUGCCCAGCUCGGUUUCAGUGAGAGAAUCUGGCCAUCAGUCCCAUGCCCACCUCCCCUCGCUGAAACCUCACGCCACCCUGCCUCUGUCCCGCUCUCGCUUCAGUGCCAAAGCUCAGCUGGACCUCACUACCCACUGCAACGAGAGCUGCUACCACAAAGGAGAAGACACAGAUAAAGAACAACUAGCUUUUGAAACUCUUUAUGCAGACGGCUCGCGAACUUUAACCACUGUUGACCUGGAAGAGAACGACAGUGAACUUCAUGUCAGGCGGCCCAAAGUAACCACGCCCAGACGCAAGCGGCUAAAGCGCCAGAUCUACGGUUCAGACGGGCGCUUUAACAUCCGUGGUGACCACUUCCUUCUGGACUACCCGUUCUCCACAGCUGUCCGCAUCUCCACCGGCUGCACUGGAGUUCUGGUGUCCCGGCAGCAUGUCCUGACCGCUGCCCACUGCGUGCAUGAUGGGAAGGAUUACGUCAAGGGAGCGAGGAAACUCAGGGUGGGCUUUCUAAUCCCUCCGUCUGUUAACGGUACAAAGCCGGGUCAGGCUCCCAUGAAGAAACCCUUGGUGCGCUGGGUCAGAGUUAAACGCACACGAGUUCCUAAAGGCUGGAUUCAAGGCCCUCAAGACGUCAGCAUGGAUUUUGACUACGCACUGCUUGAGUUGCGUUGGCCUCACCGGCGUCCCUUCAUGCGGCUGGCUGUGGCACCCUCCUCAGACAGUUUGGCUGGUAAACGCAUCCACUUCUCUGGAUUUGACAGCGACCGGCCUGGGGAACUGGUGUACCGCUUUUGUCCCGUGGAGGAUGAGUCCAACGAUUUGAUCUACCAGCACUGUGAUGCCCGCCCUGGAGCGAGCGGUUCUGGCGUUUACGGCCGCGUGUGGGAUGAUACAUUAGAGCGAUGGGAGCGCAAGGUCAUUGGGAUCUUCUCUGGACACCAGUGGCUGGAAAUCAACGGCGAGAAUCGCGAUUACAACGUGGCUGUUCGCUUCACUCCGCUGAAGGUUGCUCAGAUCUGUUACUGGGUUCAUGGAAAUGAGGUGGACUGCAGUCAAGACUGAAAAUAUGGCACAGAGGAAUGGGACAACAUCAAAUCAUUGGACAAAAUAUGAUAUGCCUGGUGUUUGAAACUGCACUUUAUAGUCCUUUUACAGGUGUGGCUACUGAAUCUGAGAAGAAAAAAGUUGUCCAUGGUUGGAGGAUAGCUACCCACACAGGCUUCGAUCUCUCGCAUGGGUUGAGCUGGAACUUUGUUUAACCACUACCUUUAGUUUUUGCUCACUUUACUGUCAAUGUUACUCAUAGAUUUAGACUUUGAUUCCUACAACCCAGUAGAAUUAUCUGUCGAGUCUUUGCCUAUGUUCAAUAGACACAGCCUUGCUUUGUUCACAUUACACAUUAUAAAUGCUUCAAGCUGUUAUUUGCACUUUUAGAAAGUAGAUUUGGGCUGGAGACAGGUUUUCUUCUCACAUCACUUGGGUUUUGGUUAACACUAGAUUAACAUACAGUUUAUUUGGUGACUAAAAGUAGAUGCAAAAUGGCUACGCUUCCUUCUUUUCCAUCCCUGCAUAUCAUUUUGGUCUACUAAGCAUACCAUUUUUUUAUAUUUUCUGAUUUAUUAUUAUCACGGUAACAUCAGAUCGAUGACUGUGAGAUGUGUUGUAUGUGUGUUAAAUUGAGAGUUAGUAAAACAGAAUUUUAAAGUAUACUUUUGAAAGCAUUUGUUUGUUAACGCAAUCAUCUGGCGCUUUGAAUAUAGUUCACUAUUCUAUAGUUACUGGAUGAAGACCUCAUAUUGGUAACAUUACAGUAUGUUUAGAGAAAUUAUUUAUAUUCUUUUAUGUUGGAUUAAUAUAAAGACUGGACACAAACUACGAGAAAGGGUGUGGGGUAAAUCUUGAUUAUAAUUCUAUUUUUAAAAAGCUUUUAUUUUAAUAAACUUAAGUAUGUCUGUUGUUUUUUGCUGUCAUUUUCAUUCCAAUUAAAAGUUUAGCGGUCAUUUUGUAAUGAGGACUUUUUAUUUUCUGUGGAAGCUGUUGGAAACACUAGAUAUGAUUCUGUGUGGUUUGUUUCAAGAAUUAUUUGGGAGAGCGCGAUUACAAUUUUGGGGUCUGUAUGUAAAAUGCGACACUGGUACCCUCUGGUGGUAAGAGCAAAUCCCGAGAAAAGGAUCCUGCCAGUCAUUACAGGCACAGUAACACUUUUGGCUGGUAUUAUGUUUAUUUAUAAUAUACUAGUUCAGUGUUGCAGUAGCUACUGAUUUAUGGUUUGUUAAUUCAUAAUCUCAGAAUUACUAGAGUGCACUGGGAAAAGGUCAGAGAUUGUAGUUGAGCACAGGAAGGUGGAUGGUUGAUGUUUUUCAUAGGGGUUUGGAAAUCUCUACUGCCCUCCACUGCUUCACGUGGGUACAUCUUUAUUAUACUGGCAUGAUUACAGUAUUAGGUAGAAUUACAGUAGCUCAGUGUUUCAAUAUAGGACACAUUUUCCAGUAAUUAUUUUUAAAGGAAAACAUAAACAAAUAUAAUUAAAUAUUAUAUACUAGUUUAUUCGAAUGUUCUUCAUUUCUUUUUUGGCUGCUUCUGAUCAGAAAUAGGUUAGUUUUCAGGUUGCAUACUACUACUACUACUUUGACCCUCUACAUACUAGCAUAAAGCAAAUUCAGAUACAGUGGUACAUUACAUUAAUCAGAGUAUAGACUCUAGCAUUCACCUGCCCAUUUAAGUUUUGUCUGCAUUUGAUUCUUUUGGGUACCAAGAGUCAGAUAUCGAGCCGAAACAAAACAGACCUGUAAUAAACGGAUGUGUUCAGGAACUGAGUCAAUGAAGUUUGUUUAAAAGGGACUUUGUAGCUGACGUUCAGCAGUUUGAUAGUUAUCUUGGAAUCAUAAUUAUAUUUGAACUAAAUGCACUUAUUUGCAAUCCAAGAAGUUUAUUUAUAUAGUAUAAAAAGCUAUUUUUUUAUUAUUAGCUUCAACUUGUAGUGUACUGAGGGCACAGGGCAGUUUUACAAUACUGUAUUUCCACAGUUGCAUCCCAAAACAGCCACCCAUCAAAUCCAUAGGGAGGAUGAGAAAGCAAUCAGAGUCUAUUUGUUGGGAUCCAUUUGAAACUUUAUGAUUUUUGCAAAUCAUCACAUAUUUCAGUGCAUAAACCAUGCUGAAAUCUGAUAAAACAGCAUUUUUUUUUGCAGAAUAUAAACACAAAUGUAAGCAAACAUCUUUUAUAUUGGUUUACAGAUCAAUGCUUAUUCCAAAAUUAACAGCCAACUUAGAUUCGAAUGGGGCAAAGCAAAAAUAAAAAGUCCCUUUGCACAGAGGAUUUACCAAACAUGAAGAAUCAAACCAGUUGGAACACAACAGUUGUUUAGUGCUUUUUUUAUUUUUUAUUAGAGAUAAGGAGACGAUACAAAACAUCCACUGACCAAUAUCCAUCAAAGCUCUGUACACAGGCUGCCCAAAUAUAUCGCUCCCAUCUAAACAAUUCGUGUCCAUCAGUCCACUCAAUCCAAUUCAUCAACAGACCGCUCACUCACUAGGACCCAGAUUUUACAGGUAGAAGGAAUGUGUACAAUUUCUUGACACCAGUGCCAUGGUUUUGAAUUACAUUUGGAAAUAUUUAAUUCACUAGGAAUUACGGAAUCAUUAAAACAACUUGAGCUCAAAAUAAAACAAACUAGGGAAGGGGGAAGUAAAUUGUGCUCCCAGAAUGGACCGACAAAGUUGUGAGAUUUUGGAGUAAAUUUUGUACUACACCUAGUCUUUAACAACAUACAUACACACACACACACACACACACUUAUUAUAAAAAUAAAAUGGUAAAAAAAAAAAAAAAAAAAA